AUGCCAACUCCGGACUCGACGGGUUCGUCCGUCAGAGUGAUCCUGGAGGAUCGGAGCGUUUCGCCCUCAUCCCUGUGUUCAUACCACCUUUACCCUGGACAGCUACUGCGUUUUGGCCGAGAGCCAGACGUUAAUGAUGUCGCCAUCGUGCACAGUGCUGUCUCCAGAAAGCAUCUUGAAUUCUAUGUCAUCAUGUUUGACGACGGUCCAGAUCAUCGCCCAAUGGUCUAUGUCAGGGACAGACAAUCGACCAACGGAACUUUUGUAAACGGCCAUAUUAUCGGACAAGGGACACUUAAGACUCCUGGGAGACUGCUUUCCAAUUACGAUUCCGUGACGAUCGAGCCGUAUUGGAGGUUCACGAUAGACGAAGACAUCACCAGUACCAUCAAGAAUUCUUUACCACCCUUGCGGCCGACGGAUGCAAAGGCCAUCAAGCACUUCAAAAUCACGAGUCGAAGUCUUGGGAGCGGAGCUUAUGCCACAGUCUUCCUUGCCGAGGACAGAAAAACUCAUCAGCAACUCAUGUGUAAAGCUCAUCAGUUGGACAGACUUUCAGGCGACUACAUCAAACGCGCUGAGCGAGAGGCUGCAAUCCUCAGUCAAUUGGAUCAUCCCAACAUCAUGGCCUUCAAGCAGGCCUUUCGGUCAAGUACAGCUUUCCUUCUAUUCGCCGAGCUUGCCACAGGUGGUGAUCUCUACUCACUUUUGAUCACUCGGGGAUGCCUUUCCGAACUUGAAACCAAAUGGGUAGUUCGGCAGGUUGUCUUGGCUCUGGAUUAUAUGCACACCAAGGGUAUAGCCCACCGCGAUCUCAAGCUUGAGAACAUUCUCUGUGCAGUGUGCCCAUCACCUACGGAUAGGUUCGUAACUUUGAAGCAGGGCUCUGUUAAUAUCGAUGUUGUACUCUGA